CGCUGCGUUCUCAUCAGACCGAUGCGGAAACGCGUCCUGAAACAGUUUGGACUUUCCACCUCGCUCUGCGCUUUGGUGCAAUGCGAACACAGCCACAUAGUAAGGCGGAACCCUCCCACUCCUCCUAUUGCUAUAACAACCACAGGUCUGUGUGACUCCUCAGCGCAGCGGCUCCAUCCUCCCAGCAUCGCCGCGUCCCCGCCCCGGAGGAGGAGGAGGAGGAGGAGGGGAAGAGCCUGCAUGUGUUUCCCCGGUCGGUGAUGCGAUCAGCGGGGAGGCUCUGGCUCAGGAUCCGCUACGUCAGACAGAUUAGUCUAAUAACCUCUCUGGGUAGGACAUACCUCCCCCCUUUGGACUCGCUUGGCAUGGGUGAGACAGACAGACAGACAUCCAGAGAGCUUCCAGACCAUCAAAAGUGAAGCACUUUUAUUUUUCCUUUAUUAUUUUUUGGGGCUGGGUGACUCUAGUGUGGUGAUCCUCCUCCAGAGAGCGGCGUCUCCUCAUCUUUUCUCCUCCUCCCUCCUCUCCACCCCACCUCCUCCCCGGUGCGAAAUGGCGCAAGAAAACGGCGAGUCCAGCGACGGCUCUUGGAAAAAGCACGUAGAUGACAUCAAGGACAUCUUUGACUUUAAGGAAGUCCUCGGAACCGGUGCGUUUUCUGAGGUGGUGAUGGCUCGGGAGAAGGCCACUGGAAAGAUGGUGGCGAUCAAGUGCAUCCCCAAGAAGGCGCUCAAGGGGAAAGAGACGAGCAUCGAGAACGAGAUCGCCGUCCUUAGGAAGCAGGUUGCUCUUUGUGCUGACAGGGUGUCUGGUGGGGAGCUGUUUGACCGGAUUGUAGAAAAGGGCUUCUACACAGAGAUGGAUGCCAGCCGCCUCAUCCGACAGGUUUUGGACGCUGUCAACUAUCUCCACUCCAUGGGCAUAGUGCACCGGGACCUGAAGCCUGAGAACUUGCUCUACUUUAGUCCUCAUGAUGAUUCAAAGAUCAUGAUCAGUGACUUUGGGCUGUCAAAGAUGGAGGGCACGGGUGGCGUCAUGGCCACAGCCUGCGGGACCCCUGGAUACGUCGCUCCUGAGGUUCUGGCACAGAAACCCUACAGUAAAGCUGUGGACUGCUGGUCCAUUGGGGUCAUUGCUUAUAUUUUGCUCUGUGGCUAUCCUCCGUUCUACGACGAGAACGAUUCGAAGCUGUUUGAGCAAAUUCUCAAGGCAGAUUAUGAGUUUGACGCGCCGUACUGGGAUGACAUCUCAGACUCUGCCAAAGACUUCAUCAGCUGCUUGAUGGAGAAGGACCCUGAAAAGAGAUUCACAUGCGACCAGGCUCUUGAGCACCCCUGGAUUGCCGGAGACACCGCUCUGCGUAAGAACAUACAUGAAUCCGUCAGCAGGCAGAUGCGCAAAAACUUUGCCAAAAGCAAAUGGAGGCAAGCGUUUAAUGCGACGGCUGUGAUCCGACACAUGAGGCGCCUGCAGCUCGGUACCAGCUUCGGCAGCAGCAUCCAAAGCUCCAACUCUGCGCCGGGCCCUCAGAGCCGAGGCCCCGCCAAGAGCCAAUCUGUGGACUGCGCGCCGCUCUCCCUGAAGGACUGUCCUCCCAUAGCUCCUCUUCCAUCUGUUGUUAAAGUGCACAACAAGGACUCAGAUGUUCCUGUAGCCCUGGAGGAUCCCCAGGUGGCGGCUGAACCGGCUCGGCCGCGCCCCUCCACCGUCACGGUCAUCCACACUGGGACUAAAUGACGCCAGGUUCCGCGGGAGGUGAGCUGGGAGACCACCGAGCUUUGAGACCACAGCUGGAGGUCUCACGACGCGACGUGGUUGCCCAGUUUGCCCAUCCCGCUGCCUCCCAUCUGUUAAUGCCAAUCCUUGGGGGAGGAAUUUAAGGAGCGUUGGCUCAGCCUCAUUUAGCACGGCUCAGUGCGUCACCCACCGCUUCCCUUCACAUCGUUACACAGACCCGGAGGUUCAGAGGAAGGGAAGACUCACCUGAAGCUGCUGUUGUGUGGAGACGAACGGUUUUGUCUGGCAGACGGACCAGGCGGCCGCUGUGGGUGGAACAGGACUAAGCUGAACUGAACCCUCUAGAAGCCGCCGCUUGUCUCGAUCGUAAAAGGUUGUUCCUCUAAAUGCCUUGUGUAAAUAUCCUUCCUGGAUCCGUUCUGUAGAGUCAUGUUAUGCAGGUGAAACGUAAAGCUUCAAGCUGUGGUUAAUACUCGUGCCAUCAUCUGCACUUUGAACUUCCUGCAGUUAUGGGGGGGCCCCCCCCGUCCAACCCGCUGUGGUGUUCGCUGUGACGGCUCACGGCAUCAUAACUUCCAACAGUACGCUGUCAGUGUUGUGUCUUUGUUUCUUUAGUAUGCUACCAAUCAGAGCAGGACAACGUGCAUCGGUUACGGCUGUGAUCAUAGAGGGAGAGCGUGCAAACGAUUGAUCAUCAAUUGGAAUAUUUAUUUUCUUAUGACUUUUUGUAAGAAUAUAAUUUGCUGAGAUGUGUAAAUGUUUAUUAAAACUGGACUUGCAGUUAUUGCCACAUUAGCACCAUAUCUAAUAGAUGUGACUUUUUAAGUGUUGUUUUACUCAACAGGUUUUGAUGUGACUGUAAGGUCCUCUUUUGUCCACAGGAGGGCGCUUUAUGAGUUCUCAGGGAUCUGCAGGGAUGUGCUUGAAUCUAACCAAACGCCUCUGUGCGAUCAAUCACAACUGACUCGUCCAACGUAUUAAAAAAGAUUAUAUAUGUUAAAAAAAAUAAAAAAGAAACACCCAAAUACAGCUUUUUGUCCCCUUGUGCCACAGGGAUAGAUGUUUACUUCCUGACACUAUGUUUCUUAUUGGUAAACCUUGAAUAAAUGUGGAGAACUACCAGUUAUUCUGACUGCAAUGACGUACAGAUGUGACGGUAUUCUGGUUAAGCUUCAGAGUCAGAUGAGUGUACAGUGGUGAAGUUGAAGUAUCGUGCUCUGCUUCCGCUCCUGAAGUGGUUGUUCUGAGAACAGUUCAGCCCUUCUGUGUUUAAUCACUGUGCUUUCAUACCAGCCUGUUGAAUUUAGCAGAAACUAUUUUUUUUUUUCUUCCCCCUCCUGCUCUGUCGCUCUCUAAAGACUGGUCUCUCACAGAGAAAAAAAAGGGGUCUAUCUUUAUAUUUUCUCUGUGCUUUCUCUGACUUAACUUUUAAUCGCUCAACAUGAAUGUGAAAUUUCAAGAUUAAAAAAAAAAAAAAUGUAGAAAAGAAACAAGUGCAUGGCCAUUAUCUAAGGUUUUCUAACUUUUAAUCAUCGACAAACGUGGUGAAUAUCAAAGAUUUUGGAAGUCUGCUUACUGUAAAUACAAAAAAAACUCUACAACAUUCAAAAGUCUUUUGUGUUUAUUUUUUAAUAUGUUGCAUAGACUUUCACAAUAAAGCAAAAGCAAAGCAGUGAAAGCUUUUAAGUUGACAUAAAGGAGUAUAUUGCAGAAUUGUAAUCUAUAGCUAAGUCGGGGGAGGUUAUUCUG